CUCUGGAUGGGUGCGCACCCCCGGGGCGACGCUGUCAUCCGGGAUAACCGCAUCCCCCAAAAGACCCUGGGCGCGCACCCCAACAAGGAGCUGGCGGCGAAGCUGCACGCCCAGUUCCCCGAGCACUACCCUGAUGCCAACCACAAGCCCGAAAUGGCCAUCGCUCUCACCACCUUCGAGGGCUUGUGCGGCUUUCGGCCGGUGGAGGAGAUCGUCUCCUUCCUCCAGAGCGUCCCCGAGCUGCGGGCGCUGAUCGGGGAGGUGGCGGCGGAGCAGCUGGAGCGCAGCGGGAGCGACGACCCCCGCGGUGUCUCGGCCGCCCUCCGCGUCUGCUUCACCCGCCUGAUGAAGAGCGAGAAGAAGUUCUUCGUCGACCAGCUGAACAUGCUGGUGAAGAGGAUCUCCCAGGAAGGUGGGUUCUCGCUGCCCGCCGUGGCCCCCCAGAACGUUUUUGGGAGCUCGCUCACCUUCUCCAGCAGCUCCGGGCAGAAGGAGAACCACGAGGACGUCUCAGGGGUGCAGAUCCCUGCCUCCAUCAAGCUCUACCUCGUCUCUGCCAUGGAGUCUGCCAGCAUCUUGCUAGUGAUCCAAGGGACGGCGGGAGGGAAACCCAUAUCUGGGGGCCAAGUCCUGAUCCUCAACGUGGCCGAUUAG